GAGUCAACUCGGUCGCGGUAUAUUGUUUAUGAAUUACGGAGUCAUGAUAGGAUAAUACGGAGUAUAUUAUGGAUUAUGAUUUACGAAUCCCAAAAAAGUACUGUAAAAACUAUAUAAAUUAGUCAAUCUAUUGGGGGUCGUUCUAUGGAAAUGAAUCUAAGUAAAUUAGCAAAAAUAGUAUUGGAUGUACUCGGCUGUAAAAUAAUGAUUUGGGUUCAUCUGCUUUUCCUUCAUCCUAACAAUAAAAUUUUAUAUUGUCACUUAGAAGUACUAAGUAAGUUUAACUGUUUCCCUUCUCCUUGAUAGAGAAAUGAAUAAACCCUAAUUAGUUUUUUUUGUGGGUUAGCACCCGGUUCACCCUUAGGGUUAAUUCGAAUUCGGGGCGAGUUCUGGGUGGUUAGGUUCUAUUUCCCUCCCAAUUGUUGUUGCGGGAGAUCGAACACGGGUUCUCCCUACCAAGUUCAGCUCCAAUCACCACUGAACUAAUAAACAAUUGUGUAAUAACCCCUAAUUAGUGAAAAUAUGUUAAUUAGAGUUCAAUAUAUUAGUUAGUUAAAUUCCUAAAAUACCCUUAAUUAGUUUGCGGAAUCACCAAAAUACCCCCAAGCGUCGACUAUUGUACUCCAUAAUUCAUCCCUAUGCCUAUUUUGGCCACUAGUUUAGCAAUUAGUGUUAAGCUGAAAUGAUAGACCUGAAUUUCAGUUGUCACAGUUACAAGACAAAAAAGAAAAGAAAAUGGUUAGACAAUGUGUUAGUUGAGUAGUACAUAAAAAUUAGUUAUCAUGUGGCUUUAUGUGAGGCCGGCCUUGAUUUUUACCGCCAAAUUUAUUAUUAAAAUCUUAUCAUAUACUAACAGAUCUACUUCGUACUCGUGUAAGUGCAGUAUUUAAGUACGGAUCGGUAUGUAAUUUGUUGUCAACUUUUGUUACUGAGUUAAUUAUGACAAAAUGUUAAACAAGUGCUGCUUGUUCUUUCCCUUAAUAAAUUGUUCAACACUUGUACUCAUGUAUGCUUAACAGCUUAAUCCCAAUGUAGAGAGAAAUAUGCAAAUUGUGGAAUCCAUGUCCGAAUUUCAUACAAAAAGAAAAGAAAAUGGUCUCCUUCGGUGUGGAAAGAGUUGUCGUCUUCGCUGGACUAAUUAUCUGAAGCCAGACAUUAAACGCGGUCCAUUUAGUCCUGAAGAAGAGAAACUUGUAAUACAGCUACAUGCCAUUUUAGGCAACAGGUGGGCUGCAAUUGCUGCACGAUUACCAGGAAGAACAGACAAUGAGAUCAAGAACUUAUGGAAUACCCACUUAAGGAAACGGUUAGUUUGUAUGGGCCUGGAUCCUACAACCCAUGAACCACUUCCUACACCUCCUGGACCAUCCAUCAAAUCCCCAUCAUCCCCUUCUACACGCCACAUGGCUCAAUGGGAGAGUGCCAGGCUCGAAGCCGAAAUCCGUCUUUCAAAUGAGUCCUUACAGUCUUCACCAGGGUUCCAUGAUUCUGACCACUUCCUCCGCCUUUGGAACUCUGAAGUUGGGGAAUCGUUUCGAACUUACGAAACAAAGGAGAAGAUUGCAUGUCAAAGUGAAAGCCCAUUUUCUCAAGCAUCCACUUGUACUACAAAAUGUGCCUCCACUUCAGGUGUGACAGUGGAUAACCAUGAUGAAGAAAUGGUGGUGUGUAAGAACUUGAUCAAAUCCGAAGUCGUUGAUGUAAAUACAAGAUCAGAUUCUUCAAGCUCCAACGAGGUAGAUGAUUCAUCUGAGUCUACUGCAUUACAGCUGCUCUUGGAUUUUCCUGGAUAUAAUGACAUGAGCUUCUUAGUAGAUCCUGUUGAUGGCUACUACAUCUUUCCUUCUUUGAUGAAUCCACAAAUGAGUAUCAUCUGAUAUUUUGGUGUGUUUUUUGAACUUGUACUGCGGUCUGCGGAUGUAUGGUUUUUUUUUUUGGGGGUCAUUUUCAGCAAUCAGCAGUAUAUUUAUUUCUUAGUUAACUAUUAUAGUUCUAGCUUCAGGUUACCUAUUUUCCCAGUCUAGUCAUGUAUGUUGGUCAGAUUCUGCUCAUAAUCAUGUUCCUGUAUCUGUUUUCUGAUGUCCUGUAUUUUGAACUUGUAAUGUUUUAUCUGUAGACUCUUUGACUAGCUUCAUUGUCAAUUUGUCAUAUAUGUAUAUGGUUGAAUCUUCUCUUUCA